GUCAGGGCACAAAUUUGGUCACACACGUGAACAGUGUCGUCCCCCGUCCCCGUGCGGUAACCUCGUUCCCCUUGCCCUCUACCUUUGCCCGAGCUGUCUCGCCGUGUUCCCUUUCCAAGCGGUCGGAUCUCCACCACCAUGUUUCGUAUCAGGAUAUUUCUACAAAAAAUCUUGAUUCUUUUGCAUGUUACCAUGUGUGUCGCUGUUGGUAAAACGCUGCUGAUACUGUUCCCCAGAACUAUGAAAAGAUACAUCCUAAAGCAGGGUGAAAAGAGCAGGAUGAAUGAGAAUCCAAAGUUCAGCUACGAAAACUGGGGUCCAACUUUUUUCAGCUUCAACUAUUUACUCUUUGUGCUGAAAGUGAAGUGGAAAAGGCUGGAGGAUGAAGCAUAUGAGGGACACCCUGCUCCCAACACCCCGGUGGUGACUUUCAACGGGGAAGUUCGUCACCUCUUUGACUUCAUGCAAGAUAACCGACCGUUAAUCCUGAAUUUUGGAAGCUGCACCUGACCUUCAUUUAUGUUAAAAUUUGAUGAGUUCAACCAGCUCAUCAAAGAUUUCAGCUCUAUAGCAGAUUUCCUUAUCAUCUACAUCGAAGAAGCUCAUGCAGUAGAUGGAUGGGCUUUUAAAAACAAUGUUGUUAUUAAAAAUCACAGAAGCCUUAAAGAUCGAAAAACUGCUGCACAAUUUCUUCAGGAAAAGAAUCCUUUAUGUCCAGUGGUUUUGGACACUAUGGAAAACCUGAGCAGUUCAAAAUAUGCUGCAUUGCCAGAAAGAUUAUAUCUACUUCAAGGAGGGAAAGUCAUCUAUAAGGGAGGAGUAGGGCCUUGGAAUUAUUACCCCCAGGAAAUACGUGCCAUCCUGGAAAAAAUGAAGUAAAAGAAGAAAACAAGAGGAUUUCAGAGUAAAGACUAUCUGGAUGAAGAAGCUCAAUAAAAAGCUUUUAUACACUAAUUAAAAAAAAAAAAAAAAAAAAAAAGAUGCCAAUUCAACAAUAGAAACAACUAGAAAAAGAAUAAUGUAUACGUAUCUAAAAUAAGAGCCUCUGUAGUGUGGGUUCAUCACAUAUUUGCCUAGAGGCUUUCAAGUCUCAUUGCUAUAACCCAACUGCUGCAUUAUAGUAUUGUAAUACGCUUGUACCACAUACAGUAAUGAAUAGUAGUUGGGUCCAUUGAGCUAUCAAGAUUGGAUACCAGUUACGUUUUUAAGGAGUAUUGUGCAGGAAAGACUUCCGGGUGGUGAUGUUUGUAAAGGUGCGCUCGCGUGCAAAACAACCAAUUUCACAUUAUUAAGAUUCUCUUCUGUAUACAUACAAUUUUCCUAAAUGUUCACUUUCAUGGACUUCAGAAGGCUUCUGAAUAGGACAAUUUCUGUUAAUGUUUGUUUCUAUUAAUAUUUGUUAUGACAGUCAUGGCAUAAAGCACAGACGGCUGUGACCCGAUUUCAGAAAAUAUUUAUAGAAACAGCGGUUGAUCUGCAGUCAUUAAAAACUAUGAAAGCAUU